CACCGCUUCCCAGUCAGUACUGACGGCUGGAUGGUGAUCAGUCACAUUGAGUGGUUCCGGUGGCGAGUUUGACGCAAUGCGACUUUUUUUCAGCAAGGAAGGGGAUACUUGGAGAGUGUAUUUACAGCAGACAGAUCAGAGGUUUCAGAUCACUGUAUCCUGUCUCAGAUUGACAUGUUCCUAUAGUUCUACAUGACUUCUGUCUUUAACGGGACAAUAUGAAGACUUAUUCGGUCUGCGGGUUGUGUUCACUUUUAAUGUACAUCAUUAGUAUAUCAUCAACAUCAAGUGACACAGAAGGUACAGUUCAGCACAUUGUGGCCUUAGUUGGUGAUGAUGUCAUCCUGCCUUGCACCCUGAGAAGCACCGUCAGUGCUGUGCAUCAGACAGUAGAGUGGCAGAGACCGGACCUAAAACCAAAAGAGGUCCAUCUUUACAGAGAUGAGAAGGAGGAUCUGGUGCUCCAGAAUCCAGUCUUCAGGGGAAGGACGUCACUGUUUAAAGAAGAACUAGAGAACGGCAACGCUAGUUUAAAGUUGACCAGAGUGAAACUGUCUGAUGCUGGAAACUACACCUGUUACAUUCCACUGCUGGACCACCAGAAAAGCAUCAUUCAACUCAUUGUUGGUGAGUCAACACACCUGCUGACCACCCAAAUCCCCUUAGGAGACAGAUCUCAUGAAAUCAAGGGUGAGUUCAAUGUCAAGUCCAUAGCAUGAUGAGUAUUAGUUACAUACUGUACAUUGGUUAGACUACAUACUGACCUUGACCCCAGCUAAGUCCCUGUACAAUGCUGUGAUCUAUUGUUAGUUCCUCUUUUAAUUUAAAGGUCCAAGAAUAUCAACAAACCCUUGUGUUAUAUUUAAGCAAUAAGGCCCGAGGGGGUGUGGUAUAUGGCCAAUAUAUCACGGC